AAAUGCUCUCUUGACUCGGCACUUAGAGGGAGUAUUUUUGAAAAGCGCACACAGGAGAGGAUGUGGGUUCGAUGUUGUUUUUUCACCGAUGUGCCUUAGCAGCGGUUGAUCUUGGAUGAUCUAGGACACUGAGAAUUUACAGGAGAUGAUACAGAAGAUGGAACAGAGCUCGUACACAGAAGAUCGUGUCCAGCAUGCACUCGAGCGUUGUCUCUGUGACCUGGGUGUUGACAAUCCCGACAAACAUCUCUGGAAUGCUGGGCUUUGCAUAAAUCGCUGGUGUUUGGAGGAACUGGUGAAGCGAGAUCCCCACAACUUCCUCAUCCUUCUGCAGAAAAUUUUGAGGAAAACAAAGGAGGUGUUAGUGCAAAGUCAGUAUGAGUUGGUGGUUCCCCUCACCGCCCUUUUCUCUUCAACCCUGCUCAAAACUCCUUAUCUUCCUCCAGACUGUGGAGUGCUGCACGAGGCCUGCCUGUUGUUCCACAGCUUCCUGACCUGGCCUGAGCCGUGCUGUUCCGCUGCUAAACGCCUGCUGAAGAUCAUCCAACAGGAGCUCAGAGCACCAGGUAUUUCAUUUCAAAGACUGGUGAGGACAGAACAGGGGUUAACUCCUGAGAUACACUCUUCAAAAAUGAUCACUGUGCUGUUACUGAGCCCAGAUGAAGAUGUUCCUCCAGAGGUCUACUCCAUCUCCCAGCAGCCCCGGUGUUCUCGCAGAGACGUCACUAUCAGUCUGAUUCUGCACUGCUUUCAGGCGGCCCUGGGCUCCAAGGUCGACCUACGUGCAAUCCGCACGGCCCUGCAGGCAAAGCAGCCUGAAGAGCUGCAGCAGCUUCUGGCAGCAGUGACCAGCAGCUUGGAGACAGCAGCAGCCGGUCCAAACACAGCUCGAGAAGGGCUGCGGCACAACUUAGACACACUCGCAGAAAGCCUGGCUCACUCGUGCUCACACACGGGGGCUGUUGAGAUUUUCCUGUUGCCCUUUCCCAAAUGUCACACGUGCUCCUGGGAAAAUGACAACUUUGAUUUUCUGAAUGACCUUCUUGCCUGUGAGUUCAACGAGGAUUCUCCUCCAGACUGCUUCUACAAAUUAGAAACGGACGAGGACAUUGAAAGCACCAUAAAUGAGUAUGAGGUUGAAGAACGUGAGACAAACAAAGUGGAAUGUGUGUUUCAGAACCAUCGUGCAUCCACGGUGUCCACUUCCUCCAGGGACUCUGCAUUUUCCGGCAACUCUCUGUCCUCCAGCUGGUCUUUGGUCUCCACGCUGUCCGGGUCAUCAGGCGUCGAAACCGGCUUUAGUGAGGACGCAGAAGAAGGGCUGGACGGCCUGUCAAAGCCGAGAAAGAAACCGAAAAAGAAGUCCAAAUCCAUCUUAGGCGUGGAACGCUUCUCUUUGCUUUUCAAGUCUCCUCACAGCCCGUCUAGCUGUCGCCGUGUCAGGAGCAUGGGUUUCCGAGGUGACUCUAUCAAAGACUUCUCAACCAUGAGAUCACAAGUUAAACAAUCCAGUCAGGUUCACCCACCAGAUGAACCCUCUGCUUUUACUGCCCUGGACUCCCUGACACCUCAGAAACACCUGUGCGUCCGCAGGAGGCCAAUCCUGAGCUGUGACGAGGGCGAAGUGGUGGAAGUGGUAACUGUGGUGAGAGUGGUGGUAUUCGGAGGUGACAAAGAGGCCGGAAGGCUGGCGAGAGCGUACAGUGACCUGCAGCAGAAAGACAGCCAGUGUGCUCGACUCAUCAAGACGUGCAAACUGCAGUUCUACUUUGUCCCCACCAAAAGGAGAAGACGGCCAACAGGAGUGACUACACCAGCUGAUGGGCAGAUAGCAAGCUCAGCUAAAGCAGCUCCCUCUGUGGACAUGAGCAGCGUUACACUGGAGGACGGUACAACAGACAUAGCCCACAUGUUGGGGAUGAUGGAUCCGUGGUACGAACGGAACGUUUUCAGUCUGCUCAGCGUGUCCUCCAACUUCCUCAAUCAGACCGCCUGUAAGGAGGACGGUGACUCGGAGACCAGAGGCAGCAUGGAGCGCCUCUCCCUGCUGGCUGAUUUGGUGCUUUAUUACUGUAGACAUGCAGAGGAGCCAGUUCUGGUGCAGCUCUACCAGGCUGAGCUGACGCUGGCUGGAGGAGAGAAGAGAAGGGAGGUGUUUGUUCAUUCUCUGGAACUUGGACACACUGCUGGAAUGAGAGCAGUUAAGGCCAUGGGUGCUGCCAGCAAAAGGUUUGGUAUCGACGAGGAGCGGGGGGCCAUCCCUUUAACACUACAUGUUGACUACAACAAGGUGGCAGUAAGUGGGAGGAGCCAGUGGAGCCAGCAUGAGGUGGUUUGCACAUCCAUAAACCUUUACAAAGCCUGCAAGAGCCUUCAGCAGCUAGAUUCGAGAACUGAAAAUUUGAAGAUGACUAUGACAGAAGUUUUGAAGAGGCAAUGCGCCAAGUCUAAAAAGGGCUACAAACAGCACAUCAUGAUUACUGAAGUGAAGGUGGACAAGGUGCAUGUGAGCUGUGGAGGUGACGAGACGUUUGCUGUGUGCCUGGACCAGGAUGAGAGGAAGUUCAUCCAAAGUGUCACCAGGUGUGAGGUGUCUCUGUGCUGCAAACCAGGUGGCACUUCAGACUGGAGGUCCUAUAAACCAUUACCGGGUCAAAUCCAGCCACUCCACCCCUCUUACUGCUCCCUGCUCUGCCUCCCCAUCACCUCCUUCUCCACCUCAUGUUCCUGAUACACAUCCUGCUGCAAGGCUGAAUAAAACAUUUAGUGUAGUGAAUGUGAAGAAAUCAACUUCAGCGGGAACAAAGCAACAAAAAAGGCAUUUUCUGACAUGCAAAUAUUUAAUAAUAUCUACUGUCAUGGUAUGCCAUGUAAUUGUUCAAUUUUGAAAGAACAUACUGUGUCUCUGUCUUUGACACCUUCAACAUGGAUGUUUAGAUAUUUAGAGCAAGUGUGUGAUGGAUUUUGCUCUGUUUCCAUUCCCUCCAGCUCUAAACAGACUGACAGAUUUUAUUUAAAAAUAAAACCGGAUAAAUGUUGGUCCCUGCAGGGCUUUGAGAGACAGUUAGUCACUCAACCGUUGGUAUGGUAACGGCACAAAAAUUCUUACUUGAUCACUCUAGUGUACAGUCUGCAGAGCAGUGACAGAAGAUAGAACAACUUUCUAAUAAACAAGAGUAUUUAUUUAAAAGUAAAGACAUGCUAGUAUUAGGAAUUGUGUUAUUGUGUGAUGAUUUUUUAUGUCACAUGCAGUAAUGGUUAUAAUAAAAACAUUUCAAU